AUGCAAUUUCUGCUCUUUCUGCAGGAACAGGAAUACCUGAAUCCACCGCGUCCAAUACUACCGCUUCUGGAGAAGAUCAUCCGCCAGAUGGAGGAAGGCCCUGCACCUAUGCCACCUGUUCUUCGUGCAGCCCCAGCGGAAGCCGUUACGCGUCCGGCUCUGCUUGUAGUAAGAAAAAUUGUGGUAAAUCAAUCGUUCCUUGCCCCGAGAUGUCAUAAAUAUGUUUACUGCAACAUUCAAAGGGAUGAGUCUCUAAGUUACGUCUAA